AUGUCAUCAAACGAAGAAAGCUACGAGCCUCAAGAAGACAUAAUUCAGUCUAUUGAGGAGCACGAACUACUUCAAAAUGAUUCUAUUGGAGAAAUAUCAAAAAAGCUGAGGGAAACCGAAUUAACAAUACUUCAAGCAAUUACAUUACUUAAUGAUUGCAGAACAAAAUAUAAAUCUAUAGAUUCGUUUAAAGUAUUACAAUAUACAAAUGUAAUGUUUGGCGAUGAUUACGGAAAAAUUUUGGAUCUUCUCGGUCUCGUUUGCAAAGUAUUAAAGUUACCAAUCAUCAAAUCUACAUACUAUACACUCGAUCGCAUAAUUUCGGUUCUUAAUUCUAAAGAAGAUGAAAUAGAAAAACUGAAAAAAGAAAUCGAUAAUUUAAAGUUUAUUAAUUCGAAACAGUUUGACGAUGUGCUUUCUAUGCGCAUGACUCUUGAGUCGAGGAAUGCAGAAAGCAAGAAAAAGGACAAUAUAACCGAAAAUAUUUCCAAGAAAUUAUCCGAAAUGGAGUUAUCAAUAGCACAGAAAGAUGAAACAAUUCACAGCCUUAAGAGGACUCUAGAAUCAAAGGAUUCAGAAAUGAAAAUUAAAGAAGAUACGAUCAAGAAGUUAAAUACUGAAAAAUCUUCACUCGAAAACUUCUCAAAGACAAGUCCUACUAAAAGUGUUGGAAGUCCAUCAGGAACUAAGGAGUCAGAUGAAGAAUUUACAAAAAUUUAUGCUCUUCUCGAGAAAAGUACGAAAGAUAACAAUAAAGAGAUCAUGAAAUUCUUCUGUGAUAACGGAUACCUUAAUUUAAAGAACCACUAUGGUGACAACAUGAUACUCCAUGCAGCCUGGAACAAUGAUUUUCCACUUGUAAAGAGUUUGAUUGAGUUUGGUGCUGAUCCGAAUAGCCAGAAUGAUAACAACCAUACUGUUCUUGCACUGUUUUGCGGAUAUGGUAAUUUGGAAGCUGUUAAAUACUUGUGUUCAAUUAAAUCUGUCAAUAUCAAUGUGAAGAAUAAAGAAGGAGAUACUCCAUUGCAUUAUGCAACAUUCCAUAGUGAAUUGCCUGUUGUUCAAUACCUCUGCUCUCUUCCAAACAUUCAAAUUAAUAUCAAAGAUAACUUUGGUAAGACCCCAUUCGCUUGGGCUAAGACAGAUGAAGUUAAGAAGUUCCUCAGAACCAAAGGUGGUGUUGCUUAA